AUGCAGCUCAAACGCUUCUUCUACUUCGCUUCCGUGCUGUCCACGGCCGUAUUUGCUCACCGCUCACCUUCGAAGAAUCCACUUGAAGCCGCAUCACUCUUCCAGGUUGCAAACCCUCAGUCUCCACUGCCAAUCAUCCAACUCUACAAGCCUGUACCCAUUCCACAGUCGACAACGUGCAAUGUCCAAGAAACAUUGAUGGUUCAUACAUUUGCCUCAAGCUACGGCAUCCCUUAUGUAGGACAAUAUACGCCGCCCGAAUGUGACUUCAACAAUGUGGUCAUUGAAUGGACCGUUACCAGUGCUGGUCGCCAGUUUGAUCGUCUGGCAGAGAUGUUCCUUGGAGACAUUGAAGUAUGGCGUACAAGCACCGCCGAGCCCACCGCUUCGGGUAUUAUCUUCAGAUAUGAAAAGGAUGUGAGCAUGUAUCUGAGUCUGUGGAAGUUGCCUCAGCAGUUGAUCUUUAGCUUGAACAAUGUCUACGAUUCUACGUAUACUGGAGCUUUCAAUACCACUCUCACAGCUACGUUCUCCUACAACUCGGCCAAGCCAGCUCAUGCCGACCUUAUUCUGCCCAUCACCCCUCAACUAGGAUCUACUGGUCAACCGAGUAUCUUUACUUUGCCAGGCGAUAGUGCGGCUGUCCAGCAGACACUUCCUCGAAACAUUACUCACGCGACUGUGUCAAUUGCCGCUACUGGUCAAAGUAACGAGGAAUUUUGGUACACAAACGUCCUACAGUCCGACAUUAAUGACUUUGAACCCACCGUCGGGACACUUCUUGGAUACGGCCCUUUCCGUGAGGUUCAGUUGUUCAUCGACGACAUGAUGGCAGGAGUAGCGUGGCCAUUUCCCAUCAUCUUCACCGGCGGUAUCGCUCCAGGCUUCUGGCGUCCCGUGGUAGGGAUAGAUGCUUACGACCUGCGAGAAUACGAAAUCGACAUUACUCCAUUCUUGCCAUACAUCCUCGAUGGCAAAUCGCACUCUUUCAGCAUCAGAGUUGUGGGCAUGGAUGACAAUGGAGGCAAUGGACCAGCCACGCUCUCUUCAGACAGUAUAAACAGCUACUGGCUAGUUUCUGGCAAGAUCUUCCUGUUCGAAGGUGAUGAAGACUACAAUGGCACCCAUACUGCCCCCACGAUCUCCACUUCGCCGAUUUUGCAAACCACAUCCAAUCUCGUUAGCACAAGCAACGGCACAAACACAACACUAUCCUAUACCGUCUCUGCCAAACGCGUCUUUUCCGCAACUUCACCUUUCGGCACCUGGACCCAAAGCCUCUCCUACACCAACAAUGGAUACCUCGGAAACAGCGGUCUCGUAACAUCCAACAUUCAGUCCACAAAAGGCACGCAAGCUGCAGUCCUCCCUUCGGCACCAGACUUUUCAACCACGACCAGUUUCUCCUACCCCAUAACUGCAAACCUCUCCUAUGCGUCUGCAAACUUUUCCACGUUUGAUGCGUUUGUGGAUUAUGGGUUGCAAAUCUCAUCAAAGGGGAGACCGGAUUUGUCGACGUAUACAUUGGUUAGUGGUCCUGUGGAUUUGAGCGCUAGACAGAUGGGUAAUGCGUAUUACUCGAAUGUGGCAAAUCAUAGCUAUUCGUAUGGAGUCAUGGAUAGGAGGUUUGCGGAGAGCAGUUAUGGGACAAGUUAUUCGAGGCAUGUGAAGACGAACAACUUGACUAUCACUUAUGAUUCGGCGAACUGA